UAAUAUUAAUGAACCUAAAGUAACCACUUCUGAAUCUUCACCAUUACCAAAAUCAACCAAUAAUACUAAACCUUCUUACCGACGAGGAAGUUUAACCGAUUAAAAAAAAAAAAAUUCUCUUUCAUUUUUAUUUCAUUUUAUUUUAUUUUUAAUCAUGGUAUGGGGAGGUAAUGAUGGUGCCGUUGAUCGUUGGGUAAAGCAGCUCAAUGAGAACGACCCAAAGCUUACUUCACUUCACAUUCUCAGUUUUCGACACAUCACUACACACGAGCUUACACGCAUUUUUAAUGCUAUUGCUCAUAAUACAAUCCUUCAAAACCUUUAUAUUUCUGGUCAUCAACUGGAUGCUACAAGUAUUGAGGCUCUUAGCGAAUCUCUUACCCUUAACGAAACCUUAAAGUCACUUAAUAUUGGUCAUGCUGCAUUUGGUCAACGUCCAGAUCUUUUUAGUAUCUUCUGUGAAGGAUUAGCUGUCAAUGAGGGAUUAGAGCUACUCGAUUUUGAAAACAAAGCACUUAACUAUGAAUCAGUAAAGUUACUUGCAGACGCACUUGCAAAAAAUCAGCAUCUUAGUGAAAUAAAUCUAGCUAGAAAUGAAUUAAAUGACGACAGCAUUGCAACAUUAGCACCUUCUUUAAGCAAAUUAACUAAAGUUAAUUUGAGUAUGAAUAAAAUAGGUGUAAAAGGAGCUGAAGCAUUGGCUUGUCAUGUUUUAGGUAAUGCGGCAAGCCAAGUUCAAGAGUUAGAUAUUUCAGAAAAUCCACUUUUAGAAGGUGCAGCUAUGUUAGCUACUGCUUUAGGACAUAACAAGCAUUUGCAUGUUUUAAAAAUGGUCAAUGUUGUAUCACCCGAUGAAGAUACACUCUUGCCACCACCUGCUUUAUCUAAUAGCGAACUAUCAGAGCAGCCACAAGAAACGAAUCAAGAGUUUUCUAUUUACGGCAAUGCACUGAUGCAAGCAAUUGGACAAUCGCUUAUUACCAACCGUCAUCUUACACAUCUCUGGCUUGAUAACAAUAGCAUUGAAUCCAAAGCCCUUGAUACUCUCGUCACCCAUCUUGAUAAUAGCGCACUUAUAGAACUAAACUUACGACAAAAUCUUAUUGAUGAUAACGGAGCCUACAUGCUAGCUAACACAACUACUUUACAACACCUUGAACUUGGACAGAACCAAAUUACAGCUAAAGGAUUUGGUAAAUUACUAGAUCAUAGUAGUCUACAGUAUUUAGGACUCUUUAGUAAUACAGUAGGGGGAUUUGCUAAUGAUGAAUUACCAGAAUUAAUAACAAGCCGCGUGCAUCGUCUAGAUAUUGGAUGCAACGGUAUUGUGCAUGAAGACCUUAAAGCUAUUGCCCAAGUGCUGAUAAAUGGAGGAGUGCCUGAAUUAAGAUUAUUAGAGAUGGGAGGUAACGUAGAAGAUAAAGAACUUGAGCUUUGGGAGAAGACUAUGGAAGAUAUUUUAAAACAGAGGCAAAAACUAGAGAUUAUUUGGAAACGAAAACCUAGUCAAAUGGAGAAUCAGCAGGCCCCUCCAAAUAUUAUGUAAUAAAAUAAUUGCUUGUAAAAUUUGAUCGAUUAUAUUAAGUUGUAGUACAUUUUCUGGAUUUUUAUCUGUUAUCUUGAUUUGGACAAGAAGGAAGAUGAUUAAGUGGGCAAUAUUUAUUUUUUUUUUCUUUUUUCUUUUUUUUUUCCCGUUCCUUUUCUAAAUGAAAUUAUCAGUUACU